GGGGGCGGCGCGGCGGGUGCCCGCAGAAUGGGCGGCAGAGCCGGCUUCUUCGAGGUUUAGAUCUUCAAAAGCAUUUCAUAUAAAGAAAAUAGUGUGGUGUUCUGACUGCCUAGAGGAAAGAUCCUUGAACAAAUAUAUUCAUACUGUAGAAAAUUCCUGUCAUAAGAGCCACAUUUGUACUUUUGCUCCCUUAAUUAGUUGGGAUGGUGGAAAUCCUUGAUUGGGAGACAAAGAAACAGCUAUGCUUCCUAGAUAAGGUGGAGCCAAAUGCUACAAUUAGAGAGAUCAGAUUGAUGUUCCAUAAAUUAUAUCCUCGGUGGUACCCAGCAAGGCAGUCCAUAAAACUUGAUCCAAAAGGAAAGUCCCUGAGGGAUGAAGAAAUCCUGCAGCACCUCCCUGUUGGCACAACUGCUACCUUAUACUUUAAAGAUUUAGGGCCACAGAUAGGAUGGACUACGGUAUUUUUGAUAGAAUAUACAGGUCCAUUGUUCAUCUAUUUUGUGUUUUAUUUCCGCAUGACUUUUGUCUAUGGACUGGAUGAGAGGUUUACAUCAAGUCCACACCCAGUAGUUAACUUGGCAUGUAUCUGCCAUUCUUUCCACUACAUCAAAAGGUUGAUUGAAACAGUGUUUGUUCAUCGAUUCUCCCGUGGGACUAUGCCACUGAGGAAUAUUGUGAAGAACUGCUUAUAUUACUGGGGAUUUGCAGCUUGGCUUGCAUAUUACAUCAAUCAUCCUCUUUACACUCCUCCUUCUUAUGGGAAAAAACAGAUAAAUUUUGCUGUGAUCAUGUUUCUGCUGUGUGAAGCUGGAAAUUUUUCCAUUCAUGUUGCACUCAGUGACCUCCGGAGAAAUGGAUCCAAAACCUGUAAGAUCCCAUAUCCAACAAAGAAUCCUUUCACAUGGCUGUUUUUCUUUGUAUCUUGUCCUAACUAUACAUAUGAGGUGGGGACCUGGAUCAGUUUCACUAUCAUGACUCAGUGUGUUCCAGUGGGACUGUUCACCUUACUUUGCUUCAUUCAGAUGACAGUCUGGGCAAAGGAUAAACACUGCACCUACUUAAGAGAAUUCAAGGAUUAUCCAAGUCAUAGAAUGCCAAUCAUUCCCUUUUUGUUGUAA